AUGUUCGCCAUUCUUCUCCUCUCAGUUUACACUUUUGCAUUAGUUCUCAGUUCUUCAGUUGACACUGAACUCAAUCCAAAGCAUCUCGAUGGAAAACAAUAUACAAUUAAAGGUAUUGACACAGUUUAUACCCAACGUGUCUCGAACAAUGAUCAUUGCACAGUUGAAGUUAAUGGUCAAGGUGAGAGUGUCCAGAUGUUGACUGAAGGUGAAAUUAUCCAACUAAAGAACAAAUGGUUCAAAGUCGAAGAUUGCCAAUUAAAUCGUGCGUAUGUCGCUGAAUGUGGUUCGAAGUUAUUUCAUAAAAUGCGCGAACUUGUUUGCUCAUAUGCGACCGAACAUUCGACGAAAAAAGUUCUCAAACGUCGACAAAUCAACGCUGAAUUGAUCAAAUCACUAGAUCAAAUAUAUUACGGUCUGUGCUGUAAAACUGCUUGUACGGUAUCGGAAUUGCUUAAAUAUUGUUCUCCAAAAUGA